CAGACGCUACUACGUGGUUCAAAGACUGGCUACCGUCACCAGAGCCGCAUGUAAACCCUGCGAAUUGUCUGAUUGAUAUCGCUGCCAUUGAUGUGUGAACAAAAGAGGCAGAGGACGCCGGUCGAGCACGCGUAAACAUGCUUAUUGCAGCAUGGCGUCAAGAAUCGAUGGUACGCUUCCCAGACAUAAAGUUAGAUAUUCUAUCUGGAUUUCUUCCUCAAACCCAUACUCGUGGCCCUCAGCCGCCUCUCCUUCGGAUCAUUUUCACGCUGGUUUCACGAACACUGAAGACGAACUUCCGCGAUCCGCUGGGAAUGUCGACGUCCUGGAUCGAAGCUGUUCUGAUGGGACUAGUUGUAGGGCUCAUAUUUCUCCACCUGCCCAAUUCAACAGCGGGCAUUCGUUCCCGUCAGGCAGCGCUUUAUAUCCCCAUUGGAUUGCAGGGAUAUCUCGUUUCUAUGUACGAGAUAUGCCGCUUAACCUCAACCGAUCUUCCUAUAUUCGAUCGCGAGCAUGGCGAAGGUGUAGUCAGAGCGUUGCCUUGGGUCGUCAGCUAUCGCAUUGCGCACACCCUCCUAGAAGACACCACGGGGCCCCUGAUAUACUCAGUCAUCAGCUACUACCUUAUCGGCUUCGCCCCAUCCGCUUCCCGAUUCUUCUAUUACUACGCCAUCGCACUCCUCGUGCAUCAUGCAUCGGUAAUGUCUGGGGGUCUCUUGGCUUCAAUGUCGAGGGAUUUUGCAGUGGCCACGUUAAUUUCAAACCUGGCCUUUACAUUGCAUAUGUUUGUUAGCGGCUUUUUUCUACAAGCUGAUAGCAUCCCAGUUUAUUUUCGUUGGUUGAAACAGAUUUCACAUCUGGUGGGUUGACUGAUAAUAUCUGUAGCACCUUCUGAUUGAUUUUAUCCAACAAUUCUACGGUUUCACAGCCCUUGCCAACAACGAGUUCAAAGAUCGGUUUUUCGAUUGUCCUUUGGGUGAUCCACGUUCCGAUCCAGACUGUAUCGCCUACCGUGGAGACUUCGUCAUUCAAUCACUUAGUGUUCCAUACCGGAAUUGGUAUACCAUUCCAAU